CAAAAAUGCAGAGCUGUACAACUUUUGCUGCAAACAUUUGAGAUUUUGCGGCUUUGCACUUGGAAUGAAGUGUUCUAAACUUAUCUGAAAUCAUUUGUUGGAGGGAAUUUUUAACUGAAAACAAAAUGGGGGAUGCAGACAGAGAGCAUACUCCCCUUAGGGAAAUAAGUAACAUGCCACGGCUUGAGUCGCAUCAGGGGAGCCUCUCUAAGCCUGGUAUAGAGGACCAGCAUCGCUAUACAACCUUAAUGAAGAAAGCCCGUCAAGCUGCAGAGGAGGGGCACCCCCGGUUAUCAUUGGAGCACCUCAACAAGGCGGCCAAGAUUUAUAACAGCGAGAAAGUCCAGAAGAGAAUUAUGAAAAUCGAGGAGUAUUUGAGAGAGAAUGGUUCAGGUUCGGAAUCUGAAGAUGAUUCCGGUAUGCAUCACGUCGGUAAAGGUUUCUAUGUACACAAUGCUCUCUAUGAGAAGUUGUACUCCUACCAGAGGGAAGCACUUAUGUGGUUCUGGAGGCUCCAUCGCAAAAACAAGGGAGGAAUUCUUGGAGAUGACAUGGGACUUGGUAAGACGAUCCAAAUGAUUUCUUUUAUGAGUGGAUUGUUUGAGCUGGACCAGGUCAAGACUGUACUCCUUGUUCUACCAGUCGCUCUCAUCAUCAACUGGGAAAAGGAGUUUGAGAAAUGGGCACCGGCAAUCUUUGUUGAAUCACACCACAGCAACAGUAAACGUGAACGAGAGCGAGCCCUGGCCAAGGUACAGCGUAGAGGAGGCGUGCUGUUAACCAGCUAUGGCCUGGUGCUGACCAAUCAUGCACUACUCUCACACAGAAAUGGAAAUCCAUUCACUUGGGACUAUGUGAUUCUUGAUGAGGGACACAAGAUCAAGAAUCCCAGUAAAACCACCAAAGCAGUGCACAAAGUACCAGCGUACCACAGACUGAUUCUUACAGGCACUCCUAUACAGAAUAACCUCAAGGAACUGUGGGCGUUAUUUGACUUUGUAACACAAGGCUCGUUGCUAGGCACAUCACAGACUUUUAAUUCCGAGUUUGCUAACCCCAUCACAAGAGCAAGAGAAAAAGAUGCCACUGCAGGAGAGCGUUGCCUAGGCAACCAGAUGGCUGAAAGCCUGCGUGAAUUGAUCGCUCCAUACUUUUUGCGACGCACAAAGGCUGACGUCAUCAAACGCAGAGACACGCACAUCAAGAACGCAAAGAGUCUAGCAGACCAGGAGAAAGAUGAGGAUACAGAACGAGUGCCCGAGUUCCCCACAUUGGAAAAGAAAAAUGACUUUGUUAUUUGGUUACCUCUGACUGGCCAACAGAUCAAGAUCUAUCGAGAUUUCAUCGAACUAGACCAAGUGAAAGAGCUACUAAUGACAAGCCGUUCCCCGCUGGUGGAGCUGACGAUACUCAAGAAACUUUGUGAUCACCCCCGCCUGCUGCCUGUCAGAGCUUGUAUGCAACUAGGCAUAGAAACAGCAGAUAAUGAAUGGGUGAAUGAGGACGACGAUACAGACUCAACCGCGCCCAGCAAGAGUUCAGCGAGCCACGCCCUGAACUACAUCCCCGAUGAGAAGCUGAUGGAGGAGUCGUGCAAACUGCAGUUCCUGAUUAGCCUCCUCACCAACCUGAAACGGGAGGGGCACAGGACCCUGGUCUUCAGUCAGUCACGCAAGAUGCUGGAUAUCAUCGAGAAGGUCUUGAAGAAUCAGAACUUCCAACUGAUGCGUCUUGAUGGAACCAUAUCCAAACUGGAUGAUCGGGAGAAGCGUAUUUCAUCAUUCCAGCGGAACAGGGAACUGUCUGUGUUUCUCCUGACAACUCAAGUAGGAGGAGUUGGUUUGACUCUAACCGGUGCUGACAGGGUAGUCAUAUAUGAUCCAAGUUGGAACCCAGCCACUGACAGCCAAGCCGUUGAUCGUGUUUACCGUAUCGGUCAGAAACGCUCGGUGGUCAUCUAUCGUCUCAUCUCAUGUGGUACAGUGGAGGAGAAGAUUUAUAGGAGGCAGAUCUUUAAGGACUCAUUGACCAAACAAGCUACUGGAACCUCCAAAAAUCCAUAUCGCUACUUCUGCCGCCAAGAACUACAUGAUCUGUUUAUCCUGGAUAACCCUCACUCAUCCUCCACACAGCUACAGCUGCAGGAUAUGCACGCCGCCCAACGCAAGACAGACAUCGAGCUUGAUGAACAUAUUGCUUACCUCUACUCACUAGAUAUUUUUGGGCUGAGUGAUCAUGACUUGAUGUUCUCUCAGGAAGCAGACACUGAGAACCAGGAAGAGCAAGAGCAAGCUGCCGAGUACGUCCAGCAUAGAGUCAAUCGAGCGCAAGAGCUUGUCUCAGCAGAGUCAGGCUUGACCCAGAAACUCAAGGAUCACAUCGAGCUGGACACUGAGGGUCCUGGUAGUAUGCAACGACACCACAGGCAGUAUGGAGACAGGCAGACCCUACUGGAACAUGCCGCUAAACUAGGGGAGACUGUGGAUGUACCAGCGUUCAAUAAGAGACGCGACGACUAUGAGAGAACAAAUCAAUCUUCAAGUGAAUCUGAAGAAGAAGAGGAAGAGGACUUGAACAUGUCUAUGGCUAAUAUGACCUUAGAGGUGCAUGAUGGGAAUUUUCAUUCUUCCACUUCUAAGAGGAUCCCAGCUGCCGAUCUCCUGAAUGGUAGACCUCCUUCCGCUAAGGGUACCCUGGAUGACAAUGUCAUCUGCAUUGAGGAUUCAGAUGAUGAUGAAGAUGAGGCAUCAAGCAUUCCUGUCAACCAAAGAAGUAUGUCAGAUCCAGACACUGUGGCUGAUUCAGACACCGAGGAUGUGAUGAGCUCACCAGAGGUCAGGCCAAAGGCAGCUUCUGUUUCUGAGUCUUGCACUGAGAGAUCAGGAAUAGAAUCAGAGGUUAAAACUGAAAGUAAUGGGAAAGUACCAGAGAGACAAAACCCCUCGCCUGUGUCUCCCGAAAACCAUGACACUACUGUAGAUAGGUUGACAGAUGAAUCUCGUCUGAAGCGAUUAGCGACAACUCCGAAAUGUUCUCAGGCCAAAAUGGGUCGAUUUUCUCAAUCUGAUGAAGAGAGCUCAUCAAACGGCGAUGAUGAAGACGAUUUUGAUGCCAGCAUACAGGAGGUCCCAGCUACUCCAGCCACCAUUAUUGACCUGACAGAUUCAGAUGCUGAUUUGUCCAGCAGCUUUACCGAGAUUGAACAAAGGACUAUGGCCACUUCGCCAAUGGUUCCAAGCAGACGGUCUGUCUCUCCGAUUAGUCCAACAUCAAGGCCUGUCUCCUCAGCGACGGAUGUAGGCAUCCUGGAGCAGAAUGUAGAAUCUGAUUACUACAUGGAGUCCGAAGAGGAGAUUUUAGAUACAGACAAGGAACCUGUUCCCUCAUUGUUCCCUACUCUUCAAGAGCCACUGGAUAGCCAACAGGAAUCACUACAAGAGCCGUUCUGCAAUGCCUCAGAUGAGACUCCCAAUCCAGAGCAUUCAGAUGAUGCUAACUUAUCGACAGAAGUCAUCCAGAGAAAUGUUGCCUUAUCUCCAAUGGUCCACAACAACACAGCAUCAGAGUCAGAAGGCUCCCCUGAGUUUUCAACGCCUCUUGGAGAGCAAAGUCUCACUGAGGAAAAGGAAGGUUCUGUUUCAAAGCUAGAUGGCCUAAGUGAUGCUAGUCUAGGGAAAGAAGGCAUUCCUUAUAGUUCAGACGGUGAUUACAGCCAUGGUAGUAUCUCAGACAGCGGGAGUAUGCAGUUAAGCCACAACGUUACCUGCAAACUCUCAUUUGAUGAUACAACCAUCUCUAAGCCCAUGAGUCGUUCUUCUUUCUCAGAUAAGGAGUGCAGUACUAUCUCUGAAGAAAGCCCAGAGAGAACAGACGAAGUCAACUCGGAGGUAAAUGAAGACAGGGCAGACACUUCAGAUGGAAACAGAGAUUCUGAAGACUAUCUUCUCCCUAAAGCUGAUAAACAACUCGAGGAUGGUAAUGAAGAUAUUGAAAAGUCAAUGUCCUUUAUGGUCAUGGAGUCCGACAACGAAGAGGAGGAGCAUGUCGACCAAGGUGGUGGGGAAGCUCAGAGGAAUGGCAUCGACAAGCCAUCUCUCCUUGUGGUCGCGGAGUCAGAUGAUGAAGUUGAUUCGGGACAAAAAAACAACAGUACAGACUUUAGGAAUCCUACACCUAUUAUGGACUCUGAAGACGAAAACUCAAAGUUGGCAGAAGAUGGUGAUGUUGAUGAGGGACAAGACAGCAGUACAGAUUUCAGAAAUCCUACACCCAUUAUGGAUUCUGAGGAUGACAAUUCAAAGUUGGCGGAUGAGGAAUGUAGCGCAGAGGAACAUGAUGAAUCGGAUGAAAGUAUUGCCAUACCUGUUUCAAGGAGACGACGGAUAAUAGAGGAGAGUGAAGAGGAAGGAGAUGAUUCGUUCCAAGAAAAAGAAGAGCAAUCUCUUCUUGAGAAGGUGCCUUCUGUCGAGGAUUCAGGUGAGGACCUGGAGGCAGAAGAGAUGAGAAAAAGUGAUCAGAGUCUUGAGGAAGAAGACGAGGAGGAAUCUCUAGUUGACAAGUCGUCUUCUGAUGACGGUAGAGUGGAAAGAGGAAGCCGUGGUGUCAGAAAAGUUAACCGGGAGGCAGAAGAAAAGAAAAAUGAGAUGAGAGAUGGUGGCCAGGAUGUUGAGGAAGAAGAAGAAGAUGAUGAGUACGAAGACAGUUUCAUCGAUGAUGACUGUGAAGAUAGUGAUGAGGAAAGUGACGAGAGUGAAGAAGAAGGUUCGGAGUAUGAAGCAAGCACUGAUAGUGAAGAGGAAGAUAAAGUCACUUUGACUGAAGAGCAGAUCCAGGAAUAUGAAAAGCUGGUUGCAAAAGGAAGAUUGCAUCAUUCUAACGGGAAUGUAAAGAAAGCCCUCAGCUAUUUCUUGAAGGCAUUGGACAUUGAUAGCAGUGAUAAAGCAUUACAGCGCCUUACCUACCAGGUUGCGAACAAGUUCAAACAGCAACGUUAAGAGAGAUGAUAAAUUCCAGGCUUUGUCUUAACUCGGACUUCUUCAUUUGUACUUCAUUUGAAAAAAAAGUAGAAAAAAACCUGUGAUCUACUUACUCCAGAGCUGGAGAAACUGUUUUCGUAAGCUCCUUUCAGUAUAGUCCUAUUGACCCCUUGCACGCACGUCACACGCGGAGACCCACACUCACUAUUUUGUGGGCAAUAGGUUAACGUGUAAACACUGCGUCGCCUAAACUGCGCGCUUCACUGAAUAACGCACAGUGACAUUGCCCGCCAAAUGGCGCAUCCAAUCUGAUGAUGACAUGAGGUGAAUUGAGUCAAUAUGUAAAAUUGUAAGGAUUACUAAAAGUUAGAAACAUCAUUUCGGCAUGUCUCUUCCAAAGUUGGUAUUCUAGUUUUAAACCCUUCUUCAGCAAUGACUCUACCUACAACGCCUUACCAGGGCCCAAUUUCAUAGAGCUGCUAAGCACAAAAAUUUGCUUAGCAUGAAAUUUCUUCUUUGGUGUAUGUACAUGUAUAGCUCUAUGAUUGCUACUUUCAUCUAAGAUUCUGAUGAGAAUGUUGAUUAUACUGAUACUAAAUGAGCAUGAUCGUGACAAGGACAAUAACAUCUCUUUGAGAAAGCAGUUACAAUGUACCUACGCCCUAUAAUAGUCAACAAAUUCUAAACUUUGUAUCAUAUUAAUCUCUUCUUGGAUAAUGUGUGAUUAUGAGAAUGACUAAUUAAAAAUGAUGUUUGGAUUAUACUUAUUGGAUUAUAUAUUUUUGUCAUUAAAUAUAUUUUUAACAAAUUAGCCGAAAUAAGAACACAACUUGGGUUAAAAUCAAAAUAACAUCAUUAAUUAGUUUUUCUCAAUUGAACAUAAAACUUAUGUAAUUGCUUACAUGUAAGUCCAGUAAUUUGCUGUUUUGUUUGUUACAUAUUGUCACUCUCCUUUCUUUAAAAUCAAACCCUCCAAAAACAUAAAUUUUGUGAGCAUUUUCAGAAAGCUCCAAGAAAUCGGCCAAAAUAAAACGUCCUUUUCCUCUGGCAACUCACACCUGUUAUCUCCAUGUUAUCCUUUUCUAAACAGAUUAAUGAUCAUCCAUUAAACUUAAUGACCCAAAGAACUCAAUGUUAAUACACCCCUUCAUUAAAAGUAUGUACAUACUUUCCAAGUUUUUGUGCCAAACAUGGAAUUCUGUAAUAGACCUUUCCCAUAAUUCUUUGCAACUGAAAUAUGCAUCAGACUUGAUCACUUUUAUGUUAAUUUAUUGUGAGUAAGUCUGAAAAUGUGACAUUGUAUCUCAUUUGACAAGCAAAUCAGUUUUUGUUCACAUAUAUUUUAAAAUUGCCAUUUAGGGCCUACAUGUAUAAAUUAAUUUUGUGCAAAUAAUGUUAAAAAAUUUACGUUUGGGGAUCAUUCACACUCAGCAGCUCCUGCGAUAGGCUAAAGCAUUUUGAGAAACAUUCACUUCAGGCUAAAGCAUAAAGAGAAACACACUCUUUAGAAGUAGUAACUAUAUAAAAAAUAUAUCAGUUUUUAUCCCCAAGAUUUUGAUUAUAAGAAGCAGUAUUGUAAACUUUUUCAGAUUGUGUAUUCCAUUUAUAUUGUUAUUUCUGUGUGGGAAAACCGCUCACACCGUUUCUCGCACCUCAGCAAGUAAUAUUUUAAGGUAAGCUUUCUACUAUCAUUAUCUUCAAACAGUGUAAA